UGCGAUGCUUUGCUCCAAGCAUUCUCCGGCCAUUUCAGCUCAGCUGGAUAAAUCCAAGAGAACUUUAUGUACAUGAAAAGAGAUUGUACAUUUAACGAGACAUCAAACACAACUGACUGGAACUAUGAUUAGCAGAUGGCGGACUCCACUUGGACUACAUAAGCACUGUGAGAAGUGUUUCAACAAAUACUGCCAAGCUCCAGUAGAGCCUUCAGUCUCAUGUGUAGUGAUCAGUUGCCGCUCUCACUGUGGUGCUGUUUUUCAUAUGUGCAAAGAAGAUGAUCAUAAACUCCUGUGUCCCCUGGAACAAGUUUCAUGCCUUAAUUCUAUUUAUGGCUGCCCUUUUACAAUGGCCCGUUUUAAAGUGGCAAAACAUCUCCAAGUUUGCCCUGCCAGCAUAGUUUCCUGUUCUAUGGAAUGGAACCGUUGGCCAUGUGCAGAUUCUGAAGCCAUUCUUCAUGAGAACAUUAUGAAGCAACAGCCCAAGGAAGAGUGCCUGGAUGUAGCCAUAGCUCUGAGAGAUCAGGCAGCUCUCUUUAAAGCACUCAAAAUGGCUGAGCUCUUCCCAGAAUGCAGAGGGGCUGGUAGCCUGGAAGAAACAACAGAUGAUAUUGACUAUUUUGAAGAAAAAGCUGUUGGAGGAAUUGCUGAGCAGAGCAUAGCAAAUAAAGCUGAGGCAGCUGUGCUCACUCAGCAGGAACUUGAAAAUCUGGCAAAAAAUAAAGAUGGGAUGGAUUUGAUUGGUUACAAAAGCUGGGAAAAUAUGUUUAGUAAAGAAUUUAAAGCAUGCCAAGCGGCAGAACUGUCGCCCAGCAAUACAAAAAAUGCAUCUGAAAGUGGAUCUCCACAUAAAGAACAUGCUUCUGGUAGCACUGUGGAAGAAGCCAGCAGUACAGAAGGCAUUGAAAAAAACAAAAUCCAUCAAAUCAAUUUAGCAGCUGAAAAAACAGGGUUGGCUCCUUGGCAAGAUGGAGUGCUAGAGAGGCUGAAGAAUGAAGUUCCUGUUGGUGAGUAUAACAUGUACUUGGUGCACCAUGGAAGGAUGCUCAUUCAUUUUGGUCAGAUGCCUGCUUGCACUCCCAGAGAAAAAGACUUUGUAUAUGGAAACCUGGAAGUUCAAGAACUGAAGACUGAGACCACCUUCAGGCCGCCACUUAGUUACUGUGGCAAAAGAACAAAGCUUGGGGAUCCUGUGGCACAUAAAAAGCCAAGUAAGAGCAUAUCCCUGGAUACUUCAGAGUUGGACAUAGAUGUUAAAGAACUUCCCAAAUCAAACACAAUAAAAACUACACUGUUGUGCGCUCUUGAGAAGGAACUAAAAGGUCAUGAGAUAUCUAAAACCAAGUCCACUGAUGCCUUAUAUAUUGAUAUUGGCACUCAAACAUACAGCUUUGUUGCCCAACCUUUUUCUUCAAGAGCUGUUCUAGCAGAUAUUUUAGUUACAAAAGACCCACUGGAUCUCCAUCUACAGCUCCAUAGUGAGAGUGUAACCCAGAGAUACAACAAAAGCAGCUCUGCAUUUACAUUCUCUUGCAACCACUUUUUUAGGAGAGAUGAGUUUUCUUCACAUUUCAAGAAUGUUCAUGCAGAUAUCCAGUCCUCCCUAGAUGGGUGGUUCCAGCGUCGCUGCCCACUUGCCUAUUUGGGAUGCACUUUUGUUCAAUAUCCUUGGCAUCCUCCUGGGCAAAAGGCAAAUGUUAUCUACAACCCGCAUCUUAUGGCAUUUGCUGUUAAGCCAGAGAUUGACCCUGUGCUCUCAGAAGCCAAGAAAAGUAACUUUAUAAGAAGUAGACAAAGGAAUGAAAGGAUGGCUCUAACUAGUCUUCCCUUGGAGAUUCUGAAGUACAUUGCUGGAUUUUUGGAUAGUGUUAGCUUGUCUCAGCUGGCUCAGGUGUCAGUACAGAUGAGGGAUAUCUGUGCUACUCUGCUGCACGAAAGAGGAAUGGUUUUUCUGUUAUGGAAAAAGAAGAGAUAUUCCCAUGGAAGAACAUUAUGGAGAGUCUGUGGAAAGAUCUGGAAAUUUAGCACCCUGUUCUCCACUAUCAAUAAGUGGCAACUCAGCAAUAUUCCAUCCAUAGCUGUACACUUGAAAACUUGCCCUUUCUAUGAAGUGGAACAUAAAAAGGAUCCUAUUUUGCUUACUAGCAUGCUUUUACCUCAAGAACAAACAGAAGAGAAUUUGGUUUCCACAUUUAAACGCAGACGUGGAGGUGGACCUGGUUCCAAGAAAUUUCAAGAAGACUGCACUGAUUUUUGAAAGCAUAUGUCAAAGCAUUUGGGAUUCUUUGAAAUGCACUGCAUAGUCUGCUUUAAUAGGUCAACAAGGUAUUUUUAUAGUUUGCUGAUUCGUCAGGAUGAUAUUACAUGCUGUGCUCUAAUUUUAUAAUUUUUGAUUCCUAUUCUGGCUCUAGAAGUUCUAGAGCAG